AUGGACAAAAUCACGGACAAGAUCGCGGCUCUGCCGCCCGAUGCCAACUACUUCUCCCUCGAAUUCUUCCCACCCAAGACCCAGAUGGGCUUUGCCAACCUGCGAUCCCGUCUUGAACGCAUGGCCCGAGCCCUAAAACCGACCUUCGUCAACGUCACCUGGGGUGCUGGUGGCUCGACCGCGCAGAAGUCCAUGGAGCUCGCCGAGAUCUGCCAGCGCGAGCUUGGCCUGACAACCUGCCUGCACCUGACGUGUACCAACAUGAGCCGGCGACUCAUCGACAAGGCGUUGGAGGACGCGAAGGUCUUGGGUAUAAGGAAUAUACUGGCGUUAAGAGGUGAUCCACCGCGCAAGGAGGAGUACCGUGACGAGAACGAAGACGACGACCUCGACGGAAGCGACGAGUUCACGUGGGCGGUGGAUUUGGUGCGCUACAUACGGAAGAACCACGGUGACCAUUUCUGCAUUGGUGUCGCUGCAUAUCCUGAAGGCCACGCCGAUGAGAGCCAUCCCCUGGGCCAGAGUAUGGAGCACGACCUGCCGUCGCUGGUAGAGAAGGUUCAGGCUGGAGCAGAUUUCAUUAUGACGCAGUUGUUCUUCGACAUCAAGGCGUACGACAAGUUUGAGAAAACGCUUCGUGAGCACCCAAGCGGUGCCUUCAAGGAUACCAUCAUUAUUCCGGGCCUCAUGCCCAUACAGAAUUACCAGAUGAUCAAGAGGACGACGAAACUGAGCCAUGCCAGGAUACCUGACGAUCUGAUGGCGCGGCUGGAGGACGUGAAGAAGGAUGAUGAGCAGGUGAAGCAAGUUGGCGUUGACAUUCUCAGUGAGCUGAUCGAGCAGAUCAGGGAGAUAAAGAACAGGACACCAGGACCAAAGGGAUUUCACUUCUACACUCUCAAUUUGGAGAAGGCUGUCUCCUUUAUUCUUGAACGGACAGACUUGAUACCACUAGAGACACCGAAUGAGGAAGCGGUGAUGGACGACUUGAUACCUCUGGUGCCGAAGAUCGAAGUCAACGGCUCGGGAUCGAACCACUCUUCACAACAACAUCUCGCUAUCGGCCACUCCUCCCGCCGCCAGUCCAAUGUGUCAUCCGAGCCGCGCAAUCGCGUCAUCAUAUCUGGCGAGAAUCGCAACCCCUCCAACCCAGAGUACGAGGCCACACAGCUUGAAGCCUCACGGCCCUAUGACCCGGUCCACAGCCGGGUUAAUACCCUGGCUAUCUCGGAGGGCGAGGGCAUCCUUGGGCGCGAGGCAACAUGGGAUGAUUUCCCCAAUGGACGAUGGGGUGACGCUCGGUCGCCAGCGUACGGUGAGAUCGAUGGAUACGGUGUGAGCUUGCACAUGUCCGUGACUCAGGCGCAGAGGCUGUGGGGGGCUCCCAAGAAGGUGGAGGACAUCAACACUCUGUUCAUCCGCCACCUGAAGGGCGAGCUCUCGGCAAUACCCUGGAGCGAGGAAGAGUUCAACGCCGAGACUGGGACGAUUAAGGAGAAGCUGAUCGAACUCAACACGCGCGGUUGGUGGACGGUCGCAUCGCAGCCUGCUGUAAACGGGUUGCGGUCGUCGGACCCGACGUUUGGCUGGGGUCCGGCCAACGGAUUUGUCUUCCAAAAAGCGUUCGUUGAAUUCUUUUGCCCCGCUGACGACUGGAAGCGGCUGUACGAGAAGCUAUCAAAACCCGAAAUGAAGAACACCAUCUGGUUCUACGCGGUGAAUGCGGCCGGUGACUUCCUAUCGUCCGACUUCAGCGGCGGUCUGAAUCUUGAGGUGCAGGAGGCUGGCACGAACGCGGUAACCUGGGGUGUUUUCCCUGGAAAGGAGAUCAUCACGCCCACUAUCAUCGAAGAGGUCAGUUUCCGGGCUUGGUCGGAGGAAGCAUUCGGCAUCUGGGGCGAGUGGGCACAGGUCUAUGGCAAGGGCUCGGAGAGCUCCAACUUCUUGGAGAAGAUGAAGAGUGACUUGUGGCUGGUUAACAUCAUCCACCAUGAAUAUGUCGAAAAGGAUGCGCUGUGGGAACUCUUGGCGAGUUCAUAA